CUUUUGUACCUGUCGGCUGUCUCACAAUCCGUCACAGUCACCUGACCAGCCAUUCUUCUCUCCAUCCAUCUUAUCCAUUCAUCCUCUCUAUCUCCCAACCCACAUCCAACAAAAUUCACACCACCACCAUGAAACCCACCCCCUUCCCCAUCGCCCUCAACAUCGGCACCGACAUCGUCCACCUCCCACGCAUCAGCAAGCUCCUCCACCGCCCCAGCUACUUCACCCGCUUCACGCGCCGCAUCCUCCACGCCGACGAACAACGAGACUUUCGCGCCCGCUUCUCCCUCCCUCAGCCUACACCAGCCUCCUCUUUCUCUCCUUCACCCUCCCCACCAUCCCCAUCCCCACCCCUCCAACCCCCGAGCAGUAUAACACCCGACGUGGUACGGUGGCUAGCGGGCCGGUUCGCGGCCAAAGAGGCGGCGCGGAAAGCGGCGCCUCUGGGAGCGGCGCAUAUUAGUUGGAAGGAGGUGGUGGUUACGGUCGGGGAGGGGGGGAGGCCGGAGGUGGUGUAUUUGGAUGGGUGUGAGGGGGAUGAAGGGGGGAAGGGAAAGGGGGAGGGGGAGGGUUCAGGAGGGAGGGUGGGGAAGUUGUCUAUUUCGCAUGAUGGGGAGUAUGUGGUUGCUAUGGUUGUUGCGGCGGGGUGA